AUGGAAAAGGGCUUCUUCAAGGUUUUCAUCCCUGAAAUCAGUGCAAAGCGACUGAAACUUCCCACAGGUUAUACCGAUUACAAAAAUGGAAUAUUACCAAGAAACAUUUUCCUUAGGGAUCAGUUUGAAAAUAUGUGGCGUAUAGGAGUAACCAAAUCAGGAAAAGAUAUUUAUUUUGAAUAUGGAUGGGAAAAAUUCAUCAAGGACAACAUCGUAGAGCUUGGAGACUUCUUUAUUUUUGACUAUGAUGGAACUAGAAUUUUUGACUUCAAACUACUUGGAAGAAAUGGAUGUGUAAAGAAAGGAGAUGGGGGUUUAAAACAUGUUGUGAAGAAGGAGGAAGCAGAGGAAAUAAAUGUUAAACAUCAAAAGAGUGUGGAGCCAAAAGUGAAUACUAGGGCUAGAGAUAGCAAGAAUAUUUCUUCUUCUAAUGUUAGGGAUGGGAAUAACAUGGCAGGAGAAAAAGAUGAUGAAGAAAAGGAAUCUAAAUGCAAAAGUAUGACUGCUGGUAAGGUGAAUAAUCCCCACGACCAAUUUGCUACAGAUAUAUUUAGAAGUGGACGUGCAACUAAGCCAAAAAAUCCUUACUUUGUAACAAAAAUACGUCCAGAUAGGAGAAAUCAUCUGUACGUUCCGGCUGAUAUGGUGAGAGAUUACCAACUUGAACUUCCUUCAAGCAUGACAAUUCGUGACUCUGCUGGCAGAGAAUUUGAGGCAAAACUCAAGAUUUGGCAGGACGGUAGAAUAUGGCUAAUUGGCGGGUGGCACAGUUUAUGUAAUCAUCUUGGACUUGACUUUGAAAUAAACUUCACUCAAAAAUGGCCUGACGCAGUGCGCCAAGUAGUGCCCUUGAUAGGGCGCACAGUGUGCCAAGCAGUGCGCCAACCUGGUUAA